UACCCUUCCCCGCCCUCUCCGGGCUCGGCUUGAGGCUGGCGCGGGCUGGGAGCCCGUGGAGCCUGGGGGCCAGGCGCUGCCGGGAUAUAGGGCGCUGCGGUCGGGGACCCGCUGCUGAAAUAGGCAGAAUAAAUAUGGCAGAGCUUUCUGAGCCAGAGGGACCAGUAGAUUGGAAAGAACGAUGCGUAGCUCUGGAGUCCCAGCUCAUGAAAUUUAGAGUUCAAGCCAGCAAGAUACGAGAGCUCUUAGCAGAGAAGAUGCAGCAGCUUGAGAGACAAGUUAUUGAUGCUGAACGUCAAGCAGAAAAGGCUUUUCAACAGGUACAAGUUAUGGAAGAGAAAUUAAAAGCAGCUAAUAUUCAAACCAGUGAAUCAGAGACAAGGUUAUAUAAAAAGUGUCAAGAUCUGGAGUCACUAAUACAGGAAAAAGAUGACAUCAUUCAAAACUUGGAAUUGCAACUUGAAGAGCAGAAACAAAUAAGAAUACAAGAAGCUAAAAUAAUAGAAGAGAAAGCAGCUAAGAUCAAAGAAUGGGUAACGGUUAAGUUAAAUGAGCUGGAAUUGGAGAAUCAGAAUCUUCGUUUGAUCAACCAAAACCAAACUGAAGAGAUAAGAACAAUGCAGUCAAAACUACAAGAAGUUCAAGGAAAGAAGUCGUCCACUGUCUCCGCACUAAAGCUUUCAGAAGGCCAGCGCCUGAGCAGUUUGACCUUUGGGUGCUUUUUGUCUCGAGCAAGGAGUCCUCCUCAAGUAGUAAAAUCUGAGGAAAUGAGCAAGAUAUCAUCAAAAGAACCUGAGUUCACUGAAGGAAAAGACAUAGAAGAAAUGGAAAUUCCAGAAAAGUCCAUUGAUAACCAAGUUCUAGAAAACAACAGAGGCCAGAGAACAUUGCAUCAAACCCCCUGUGGCUCAGAACAGAAUCGGAAAACAAGAACAAGCUUUGCUACAGAUGGUGGCAUCUCCCAGAAUUCUGGGGCUCGAGUCAGUGACUGGAGUUCUGAUGAGGAAGAAGGGAGCAAAGGAAGAUCCAAGUCCAGAUGUACAUCCACCCUCUCCAGUCACACAUCUGAGGAAGGGGUCCAGCGUAGCAGGAUGGGGAGUGAAACGUAUCUGACAGCAUCUGAUGACAGCAGCUCUAUAUUUGAGGAAGAGACUUUUGGCAUAAAGAGACCAGAACAUAAGAAGCUAUAUUCUUGGCAGCAGGAAGCACAGUGGAAAGCUCAGAAUAGCCUUCUCGGAAAGGGAAAUUCUGGAUCAAGUAAAAAGGAGCAAGACAGUUCCUCGGAUGAACUGAACAAAAAAUUUCAAUCUCAGAGACUCGAUUAUUCAUCUUCAUCGAGUGAGGCCAACACCCCAAGCCCUAUUUUGACCCCAGCUUUAAUGCCAAAGCAUCCUAACUCAUUUUCUGGAAAAGGAACACAAUUAGUGCCUUCAUCACACCUGCCACCCCCAAAGUUAAGGAUUCCUAAUGUUUUCAGUAUAAGCGUAGCACUAGCCAAAAGACAUUUAAGCCAGCCACAGUUAAGCUCCGACAGGAUGUUUGGUACAAAUAGAAAUGCUAUAAGCAUGAUACGACCACUGAGACCUCAAGAAACUGAUCUUGAUCUAGUUGAUGGUGACAGUACAGAAAUCUUAGAGAAUAUAGACACAAGUUGUGAUGAUGGAUUAUUUUCCUUUGACUCCUUGGACGCUCCAAAUUCAGAUGAUCAGGAAAACUGUGACUCAGCAAAGAAGGCGGGGUGCAGCAAACCUCCAACUCCUCCCCUGCACCGUUUUCCUUCUUGGGAAAGCAGAAUUUAUGCUGUAGCCAAAUCAGGUAUUCGAAUGUCUGAGGCCUUCAAUAUGGAGAAUGUUAAUAAAAAUUCUGUUGUAACCCUUUCCUAUACCACAUCAGGACUUUACACAUCUCUGAUAUACAAGAACAUGACCACCCCAGUGUAUACAACUUUGAAGGGGAAGGCGACCCAAAUAAGUAGCAGCCCUUUCCUGGAUGACUCAUCUGGGUCAGAGGAAGAAGACAGCUCCAGAUCCAGCUCCCGGACGUCAGAGUCAGACUCACACAGUAGGAGUGGGCCAGGCAGCCCCAGAGCCAUGAAACGAGGUGUGUCCCUCUCCUCUGUGGCUUCGGAAAGUGAUUAUGCUAUUCCUCCUGACGCUUACUCCACAGACACAGAGUACUCGCAGCCAGAGCAGAAACUCCCAAAAACUUGCUCAUCUUCCAGUGAUAAUGGAAAAAAUGAACCACUGGAAAAAUCUGGUUAUUUAUUAAAAAUGAGUGGUAAAGUCAAGUCAUGGAAGCGGCGGUGGUUUGUUCUUAAAGGUGGUGAAUUACUCUACUACAAAUCUCCGAGCGAUGUAAUUAGAAAACCCCAGGGCCAUAUCGAGCUUAGUGCAUCCUGUAGUAUUUUAAGAGGAGAUAACAAACAAACAGUUCAGUUGACCACUGAAAAACACACAUACUAUCUGACUGCAGAUUCUCCUAAUAUAUUAGAAGAAUGGAUUAAAGUGUUACAAAAUGUUCUUCGAGUACAAGCUGCCAACCCACUUUUUCUGCAGCCUGAGGGCAAACCCACUGUGAAGGGAUUGCUCACUAAGGUAAAACAUGGAUACUCCAAGAGAGUCUGGUGUACACUAAUAGGAAAGACAUUAUAUUAUUUUCGGAGUCAAGAAGAUAAGUUUCCUUUAGGUCAGAUCAAACUCUGGGAGGCUAAAGUGGAAGAGGUUGACAGAUCUUGUGAUUCAGAUGAAGAUUACGAAGCCAGUGGACGUAGUCUGUUAUCCACACAUUAUACCAUCGUUAUCCAUCCCAAAGACCAAGGUCCGACUUACCUCCUAAUUGGAUCCAAGCAUGAAAAGGACACUUGGCUUUAUCACCUGACUGUUGCAGCUGGAAGCAACAAUAUAAAUGUUGGAUCUGAAUUUGAACAACUGGUUUGCAAAUUGCUAAAUAUAGACGGGGAGCCUUCCUCUCAGAUAUGGAGACACCCCACUUUGUGUCACAGCAAAGAAGGAAUCAUUUCCCCCCUGACAACUCUACCUUCUGAAGCCCUACAGACAGAAGCUAUUAAAUUAUUUAAGACCUGCCAGCUUUUUAUAAAUGCUGCAGUUGACUCCCCUGCAAUUGAUUACCAUAUAUCUCUAGCCCAGAGUGCUUUGCAAAUCUGUCUGACACAUCCUGAGCUGCAGAAUGAAAUUUGCUGUCAGCUUAUUAAACAGACAAGACGGAGACAGCCACAGAAUCAACCAGGACCAUUGCAGGGCUGGCAGCUCUUGGCACUCUGCGUUGGGCUCUUCCUUCCCCAUCAUCCUUUCCUGUGGCUCCUCAGGAUUCACCUAAAGAGGAAUGCAGAUUCCAGGACAGAAUUUGGAAAAUAUGCCAUUUACUGCCAGAGAUGUGUAGAAAGAACGCAACAAAAUGGUGACAGAGAAGCAAGACCCUCAAGGAUGGAAAUUCUUUCAACUCUUCUCCGAAACCCUUAUCACCAUUCUUUGCCCUUUAGUAUACCUGUGCACUUCAUGAAUGGGAUAUACCAGGUAGUCGGUUUUGAUGCAUCUACCACAGUGGAAGAAUUUUUGAAUACUUUGAACCAGGACACAGGAAUGAGGAAACCAGCACAGUCUGGAUUUGCGUUGUUCACAGACGAUCCUUCUGGCAGAGAUUUAGAGCAUUGUCUUCAAGGAAACAUCAAGAUUUGUGACAUUAUUUCCAAAUGGGAACAGGCUUCCAAAGAACAGCAGCCUGGAAAAUGUGAAGGUACAAGGACUGUUCGUCUAACAUACAAAAACAGACUAUAUUUCUCAAUACAAGCUCGUGAAGAGACUGAUAGAGAAAAGUUGCUGUUAAUGUAUCAGACAAAUGAUCAAAUAAUAAAUGGACUUUUUCCUCUGAACAAGGAUCUGGCAUUAGAAAUGGCAGCUCUUUUAGCUCAGGUGGAGAUUGGAGAUUUUGAAAGACCUUUCUCAACUCCAGCAGGGCGUGUUACCAAUCAGUGCAAAGCAAAUCAAACUCUAAAACAAGUCUUAGAGAAAUUUUAUCCUAAAAGAUAUAGAGAUGGCUGUUCUGAAGAGCAGUUAAGGCAGCUUUGCCAGCGACUGUCAACCAGAUGGAUGGCCCUUCGGGGACACAGUGUUGCAGACUGUGUACGCAUUUAUUUGACAGUAGCCAGGAAAUGGCCGUUCUUUGGUGCCAAGUUGUUUCCUGCAAAACCCAUAAGUCCGUCAUCACUUGGAAGUACUUUCAUGUGGCUGGCUAUACAUGAGGAUGGUUUAAGCCUCUUAGAAUACAAUUCCAUGAGGUUAAUAGUCAGCUAUGUGUACAAGAGUCUAAUGACCUUUGGAGGCUAUCAGGAUGAUUUUAUGGUAGUCAUUAACAAUACACAUUCAAAGGACAAACCAACAGAGAAAUUACUUUUUGCCAUGGCAAAACCCAAGAUUCUUGAAAUCACUCUUUUGAUCGCCAGUUACAUAAACAACUUCCAUCAGCAAAAGGCAGCAUUUCACCAUCUCUCUGCUCCAGCACUGCUCUCAGCCCAGACCCGAAGACCCCAAGCCAGAAUGAUGGGAAGCCAGCCUCUUCUGUCAAGCAGCAGACCCACCAAAGGUCCCACCUUGCUCUGAAAGCUGGGGAGUCUGAACAGUCACUCUUGGUCCUCUGUGCCGUGGCUGCACCAGCUCCCUGCAAGUUUGUUUACACUUGGCAGCAUGGCAGCCACACACCUGUAUUCCAAACUUUAACAAUGAUGGGGGUUAGUCUCUUUUAUUUGAUUUUUAAAUAUUCAAAUAAAUAUUUAACAGUAAAACAUAAACACAAAUGCCAACACACUAAUUUUCUUAUAGAGUUAAUGAAUAAGAAUUCAUCAUUUUUUCCAUCUCCCUUCUCCCUUGUCAUCAGACAUAUUGUGCAACGUGGCUUUUUUCUUUUCUUUUUUCCCCUUUUUUUUAAAAGAUAUUCUGGCAGUCUUUAGAAAGGGAGAUUCCAAACUCUCAUUUGGUAUACCAUUUGAUUAUUUGGAAAUGUUCACUGCCAAAUAGUAAGUACUAUAAUUAAAUGUGCUUUUUUUUUUUUUUUUUUUUUUUUUUUGAGAUGGAGAUUCACUCUUGUUGUCCAGGCUGGAGUGCAGUGAUACAAUCUCGGCUCACUGCAACCUCUGCCUCCCAGGUUCAAGUGAUUCUUCGGCCUCAGCCUCCCGAGUAGCUUGAAUUAUAGGUGCAUGCUACCACACCCAACUAAUUUUUUUGUAUUUUUAGUAGAGAUGGGGUUUCACCAUGUUGCUAGGCUGGUUUGAACUCCUGAUGAGCUCAGGUGAUCUGCCUGCCUCAGCCUCCUAAAGUGCUGGAAUUACAUGAGUGAGCCACCUUGCCUGGCCUAAAUGUGCUUUUAAUUAAUGAUAUGGUGUUUGGAAAGGAGUAGAACACACAGCGUAAGAAACAACUGCAGGGUGGUAUGAGGAGUACAUUUUCAGAGCAGGUGCAGUACUUCUUGCUCUAUGAAUCAUUAUAUGCAAAAGCAGGAAUUAGGUAACCUGAGCCUCCUGUGUGGUAUUAGAGAGUAUACCCUGUCACCUUUCCAGAUCACUGGAGUGUACAAUUUAAAACAAGAUGGCGAUUCCUGACAUUCCUUUGCUGUCAUUACUUCCCAGGUUCACAAGAAUAUUGUCCACAUUUCACUGCAUUUGAUGCUGGGUCAUCUUGACCUUGCUUUGUUAAUAUCUUUAAAAACAAAGACAGUAAUUAAAGCUUUGCCCCUCACACAUUACCUUCUAAUUAUAAUUUGAAAAUAGAGUCUUUAUACAUACAUAUAUAUGUAUAUACAGAUAGGGUCUUGCUAUGUUGCGCAGGUUGGCCGUGAACUCCUGGCCUCAAGCAGUCCUCUCUCAGCCUCCCAAAGUGCUAGGAUUAUAAGUGUGAGCCACCACACCUGGCUCUAAAAAUAUUUUAUUUUAUUUUAUUUUUAUUUAUUUGAGGCAGGGUCUCACUAUGUUGCCCAGGCUGGAGUGCAGAGGUACCAUGAUAGCUCACUGCAGCCUCAACCUUCUGGAAUCAAGCAGUCCCACUUCAGCCUCCUGAAUAGCUGGGAUUGCAAGCAUGCACCACCAUGCCCAGCUAAUUUUUGUAUUUUUAGUAGAGAUAGGGUCUCCCUAUGUUGUCCAGGCUGGUCUCAAACUCCUGGGUGCAAGUGAUCCUCCCGCCUUGGCCUCCCAAAGUGCUGGGAUUACAGGUGUGAGCCACUAUGCCCAGCCUCAAAAAUAUUUUUUAAAAGAGAAAAUAAUUCUUCUGUCAAAGGAGGUUAAAUUUUAGUUGAUAGAGUACUUAAAUAUAUUACUUUAUUAGGUUAUGGAAGUGGUCAAUGCAUUCCAGUAUGUGUCACAACAAUGUAAUUCAUAUUCAUGAUAAAAAUGAAACUGUGAUAAGACAUGAAAAUUAUAUUACUAAAAUGUUCAGUUGUAAUGGUAAUCAUGAAGAUACUUAAUUUUAUUUAUGUACAGAAUAUUUGUAUUUAUUUUUUGGACAUAUAUUUAUCACUUUGUCAUAUUUUUUUAACCAAUUUGAGAAAAUGUUAGCUGCUGAAUUUCCUUGUUGGCAAAGCCUUCGUAUUUUCUUCUUUGCUGCUUUCUCCCUGUGGCAAAGUACUGUUCUCACAUUCAGCCUGUAAAAAAUGUUCCAUACUGUAUUAGCAUCCUUAGAAGGAACAGAGCUAAGAAAUACGUUGUUCAAGUAAUAUUGUACUUACCUGAUCAUGACAAAAAGAAUAUUUUUAAACCCCAUCAAAAUAGGUUUCCAUUGACUAUUUCCCGUAUGUCUUUUGAGCCACAGUUGCCUAUUGAAGAAGCAAAUUUGUUUUUGAGAAUAAACUGGUAACCAGUUUGGAAUGACUCUCAGAAGCCUUUUGGCUGGGAUACAGUAGAGUUUCCAAGUUCCAAGAGAGCCAUCUAAUAAUUAAUUGGUGAGCCAGAGGCUUGACAGAGCUGUUACUUAUGUGUGAGGGCUUUAUUCUCAGGCAGUAGUUUAUUCACCAUUUGGUAAGCCGCUCCCCACAAUCUCAUUUAAACAGGUAGUGAAGGCUUAGCUUAAACUGUAGUGCCUUAGACUUGGCAUUUAUUUUUGAUAGAGCAGAGAUAAAAUAUUUUGAUGGAAGGAAAUCAAUUUUCUGUAACUGAUGAUGUGAAAAUUUUAUUUUCUGGGAAAUUAUAUAGCCAUUCAAAAAUUCAAAGUAUGUUAUUAUGAUUGGUUACAAGAGAAUAAUGUUACACAUUUAAUUGUAAUAUUUGUCUCCUAUCAUUUUCUUCCCUUUCAAUCAUAAUAAAUGAUUUACAAAACCCA